AAAUUACCUAAACCUCAAGAAGUCAAGGACUAGAAUCAUUUUAUAUAGAACCAAAUUUCCCCAAAAUGAACUCUAAGUUAAUCCAAAUGGCAACCUCUACCAUUAUCAAUGAAGAAGAAGAAGAGUACUACUGCCAGUAUGCGAUGCAACUUGCGAGUGCAUCAGUACUGCCCAUGGCCCUGAAGGCAGCAACAGACCUCGGCGUGCUUGAAAUCAUAGAAAAAGCUGGUCCCAGUGCCCAGCUUUCCUCUUCCCAAAUUGCCUCCCAGCUCGCUUCUCCAGCGGCUCAGACAGCCCCCCAUGUACUAGACCGUAUCCUCCUCGUCCUAGCUAGCAAUGGUAUUCUAACUUGCUCUGCAACUGCAACCAUCGGCACCGAAGAUGGCCAGCUCAGUAGGUUUUUUGGCUUAGCACCGGUUGCCAAAUACUUCAUCAAGAACCACGACAGGGGAUGCUUGGCUCCUUUUCUGGCUGUGAUACACGACAAAGUCAUCAUGGAUACUUGGCACCAUUUAAAAGAUGCAGUGGUUGAAGGAGGAAACACAUUUGAAAAGGCACACGGGAUGAGCUUUAUGGAGUUUAAGGGAAAAGAUAGUAGUUUCGUUGAAAUGUUCAAGGACUCUAUGAGGGACUUUAACACUCUACUGAUGCGUAGAAUUCUGGACAAAUAUGAUGGCUUUCAAGGUCUCAUGUCCUUGGUGGACGUGGGCGGAGGCGACGGUUCUAUCCUUAACAUGAUCAUUUCCAAGUAUCCUUCCAUUAAGGGUAUCAACUAUGAUUUGGCCCCAGUCAUAGAGAAAUCACCCUCUUAUGCAGGAAUCCAGCAUGUUGCAGGAGAUAUGUUCAUGAAUGUUCCGAAAGGAGAAGCCAUCUUCGUGAAGUGGGUACUCCACAUGUGGGAUGAUGAACACUGCUUAAAACUGUUAAAGAAUUGCUAUGAAGCUUUGCCAAGUGAUGGAAAAUUGAUAGCAGUGGACAUGGUAGUUCCAGAAGCCAUAGGAGAUAAUGUUGCAGCUAAAGGCUUGCUACAGACUCAUUUGCUCUUCACAAACAUGAAUCCAAAGCGAAAUGAUAGAACAGAGAGAGAAUUCCAAACUCUAGGUAAAAAAGCAGGGUUUUCUCACGUUGGAGUUGCAGCCUGUGCCUUCAAUUUUUCAGUUGUAGAGUUCCUCAAACUCAUAUGACUUGUAUACUUUUGUUAAGGAACAACUUACUUAGGCCGGAUCUGUAUACACUCAAGACAUAUAAUUGCAUUAUCAUCUAAAUAAAAAUCUUAAAAUCCUA